AUUAUUAUGCGUUGUGUGUAGUCCACAGAGCUCUUUUCACAAAAUGGGUUAUGGUUCUGAUAGCGGUUCUCAAGAUGGGAGGGACGAAGAUGACGAGGAAGACUACGAUGAGGGUGGUGGGAGUAAUCGACUUUUGGGAUUUAUGUUUGGAAAUGUUGAUAACUCUGGUGAUCUUGAUGUUGAUUACCUUGAUGAGGAUGCAAAGGAGCAUCUUUCUGCUCUGGCUGACAAGCUGGGUUCAUCUCUUACAGAUAUAGAUUUGUCAAUAAAAUCACCACAAAUAUCUGCUGAUGUUGUUGAACAAGACUAUGACGAGAAAGCUGAAGAUGCGGUUGAUUAUGAAGAUAUUGAUGAGCAGUAUGAAGGACCAGAGAUUCAAGCUGCCAGUGAGGAGGACUAUCUACUCCCCAAAAAGGAAUUUUUUUCCACUGAACUUUCAUUGGCUGCUUUGAAGCCUACAGCUUCUGUAUUCGAUGAUGAAAAUUAUGAUGAGGAAACUGAACAGGAAAACGAGGUGGUUGAAAACACUGUUGAUGCUCAAACUAUUAUUGUUUCAGGUGAGCAGAGUAAGUCUCCUGAGGUGGAUUUUACUAUCGAGAAAACUUUUGAGGAUGAUCAUCAGACCGUAUCGCAAGAUGCUGAAACUUUGGUCUCUGAAGAAGAAGAGUUUCAGGAUGAGCUAUCAGACAAAGGCUCCUCGCGAUUGCCAGUUUUAUGUAUAGAAGAUGAAAAGGUCAUUUUACGGUUCUCUGAAAUCUUUGCAAUUCACAAGCCCCUAAAAAAGAGAGAGAAGAGAGAUCAUAAGUAUUCUUUUCUUCGAGAUAGGUAUAAAUCUACAGAUGUUUCUAUUAUGGUUGAAGAGGACGAAGAGGAGUUUCUGAAAGGUUCAAGCCAAGGUUUUAUAUCAUUGAAACAGGAAGAUUUUUAUAAGCAUGAGAAUGACGUCUCUAUCUUUGAUGACGAUGAGUCAGAAUCUGAAAAAUCUGGUGCUUUUCAAGGGACUCCUGCAGCGGGUUCACAUGAUGGGCUGAGAAAGGACUCUUGCUUUCGUGCUGAGCCCAUGAAAAAAGAUUUACUUGCAGAAAUUUCUGUUGGAAGGAAGUCACCAUUAGGUCCUACAUUGUAUCCUCUUGAUCAACUAGACUGGGAAGUUGGGAUUGUCUGGGAUAAUUCACCUGUGGCUGAAAACUCUGUUGAGAACUGUAAAAUUGCUGGACCUGAUUUGGAAGCUUCGGUUGAUAGUGACACAGAACCUGAGUCUGGAAUGCAGAAACUUCUGUUAGAGCCGCUACCGGAAGCUGAUGAUAAACCUCAAGAGACUUUUUUUCAUGGUUCCCCUGUUAUAUUGGAGGACUUUGGUUCAGAAACUUCAUCAAGACCUUCAAGCCUUACAUUUUCUGAAGGGAGAUACCACCCUCAACUUUUAAGGCUAGAAUCCAGAUUGGAAGUGGAUAACUUUAAUCAGGAUGAUGGUAGAACGGAUAAAGUUAAUGAGAAGCAGCUUCACCAAACCAAUGCUGUAAGGAACUUUAACAAACUUAUAUCACAAAACAGAGAUAUGCUAGAAGGAUCUUGGUUGGAUGCAAUAAUAUGGGAGCAAGAUACACAUGUUCGGAAGCCAAAGCUUAUCUUUGAUCUUCAGGAUGAGCAGAUGCUUUUUGAAAUUUUGGAUGACAAGGAUGACAAAAAUCUAAGGCUUCAUGCAGGUGCUAUGGUUAUAACUCGCUCUGUAAAGUCAAGCUACGGGGAUUCUCUUGAAUUGCCAGGUCAUGGAGGACAAUCUGGCUGGCGCUAUGUUUCUAAUGAUAAACAUUAUUCAAAUAGGAAAACAUCUCAGCAAAUGAAAUCAAACUCAAAAAAGCGCACAGCUCAGGGCAUCAAAAUUUAUCACUCACAACCUGCACUUACGCUGCAGACGAUGAAACUAAAGUUGAGCAAUAAGGAUAUAGCUAAUUUUCAUCGUCCUAAAGGUUUGUGGUAUCCCCAUGACAAUGAAGUGGCUGUAAAGGAACAAGGAAAGCUCCCUACUCAAGGACCAAUGAAAAUUAUUAUAAAGAGCUUGGGUGGAAAGGGAAGUAAACUCCAUGUGGAUGCUGAGGAAACUAUCUCUUCUGUUAAGGCAAAAGCUUCAAAAAAGCUAGAUUUCAAGUCAUCCGAGAUGGUGACGAUGUUUUAUUUACGGAAAGAGCUUGAAGAUGAUAAAUCUCUUGCUGCCCAAAAUGUUCAACCAAACUCUUUGAUUCAUCUUGUUCGUACAAAAAUACAUUUGCUGCCAAGGGCACAGAAGCUUCCAAGUGAGAACAAGUCUUUCAGGCCCCCGGGAGCAUUCAAGAAGAAAUCUGAUCUUUCCGUGAAAGAUGGCCAUGUCUUUCUAAUGGAGUAUUGCGAGGAAAGGCCUUUACUUUUGAGUAACAUUGGGAUGGGUGCCAGACUCUGCACUUAUUAUCAGAAAUCAGCUCCAGAUGAUCAAACUGCAUCUUUGUUGCGCAGCACGAACAGCAGCUUGGGACAUAUCAUUGCACUAAACCCUGCUGAUAAAUCACCUUUUCUUGGAGAUAUAAAACCUGGUUGCAGUCAGUCAUCUCUUGAAACAAAUAUGUAUAGAGCACCUAUAUUUUCCCAUAAGGUGCCCUCGACUGAUUAUCUGUUAGUUCGUUCUGCAAAGGGAAAGCUUUCCCUAAGACGCAUUGACAGGGUUAAUGUUGUGGGACAACAGGAGCCUCUCAUGGAGGUAAUGUCUCCUGGAACUAAGAAUCUUCAAAAUUAUAUGAUUAACAGGCUGUUAGUCCACAUGUGCCGUGAGUUCCGAGCUGCUGAAAAACGCGGUUUGCUUCCUUGCAUCCGCGCUGAUGAAUUGCCAUCACAAUUUCCUUAUCUUUCAGAGGUUUUCUUUCGAAAGAAGCUCAAGGAACUUGCAUAUUUGCAGAGAGGGUCAAAGGGACAAUGGAUUUGGGUUAAGAAACGCAAUUUUCGCAUUUUCUCGGAGGAUGAACUGAGAAAUAUGGUUAAACCAGAGGAGGUUUGCGCCUAUGAAAGCAUGCAAGCUGGUCUAUAUAGGCUUAAACAUUUAGGAAUCACUGAAACUCAGCCCUCUUCUAUAUCAUCGGCAAUGAGUCGUCUGCCUGAUGAAGCCAUAGCUCUAGCUGCUGCAUCGCAUAUUGAAAGGGAACUGCAAAUUACUCCUUGGAAUUUGAGUAGCAAUUUUGUUGCCUCUACACAGGGAAAAGAAAAUAUUGAGCGUUUGGAAAUUACUGGUGUUGGUGAUCCUUCUGGUCGGGGUCUAGGUUUUAGCUAUGCCCGCGCUACUCCAAAAGCAUCAGUGUCAAGUGCUGUGGUGAAGAAAAAAGCGGUUGCUGGUCGAGGAGGUUCCACUGUUACUGGAACAGAUGCUGAUCUACGUAGAUUGAGCAUGGAAGCUGCGCGGGAGGUUCUUCUCAAGUUCGAUGUUCCCGAUGAAGUGAUCGCAAAACAGACGAGGUGGCAUAGGAUUGCCAUGAUACGCAAGCUUUCAAGUGAACAGGCUGAAUCAGGGGUCAAAGUUGAUCCAACUACAAUUAGUAAGUAUGCACGUGGGCAGCGAAUGUCCUUUCUUCAGUUGCAGCAGCAGACUAGAGAAAAGUGUCAGGAGAUUUGGGAUCGCCAAGUUCAGAGUCUUUCAGCCUUUGAAGGUGAUGAAAACGAGAGUGACUCUGAAGAAAACAAUAGUGAUCUGGACUCGUUUGCUGGAGAUUUGGAAAAUCUGCUUGAUGCAGAAGAAUGUGAAGAAGAGGUGGAGGGUAAUCAUGAUUCCAAGUAUGAUAAAGCAGAUGGCGUUAAGGGCCUUAAAAUGAGAAGGCGCCCAUCAUUAGCUCAGGCGGAAGAAGAAAUUGAAGAUGAAGCAGCUGAAGCUGCGGAAUUAUGCAGGUUGCUUAUGGACGAUGAUGAAACUGAGAGGAAGAAGAAGAAGAAGGAAAGAAGUAUGGGAGAGGGAGCAGGAUUGACUCCAGGCUCUCGAUCAAAUUUGGGUUUUCAGAGCGCAGACCGUGUCAAGCAAAUCACUAUUGCAAACCAACCUGCUGGAUCCUAUGCUUCAAUAGACAAUACUGCUGUAGAGACAAAAGUGGUAGAAAAUCUUCUUAAAAAGAACAAACCUGGAAAAAUGAAGGCAAAGAAAAAGAAUGAUGAUAUUGUAGAUAUGAGUCUUACGAAUAAGAAAAUCAAGAUUGCAGUAGAUGGAGUCAAGACGUUCAAGGAAAAAAAGUCAGCUAGAGAUAAUUUUGUCUGCGGGGCAUGUGGUCAGCUUGGACACAUGAGGACAAACAAGAACUGUCCUAAAUAUGGAGAGCUCGACACACAUGUUGAAACUCCAGAUCUGGAGAAAGUGCCCGGAAAAUCCACUACACUGAAUGCAUCUGGUCCAUCCCCGAUAAAAACUGUGACAAAGAAGCUCAUACCUAAAAGCGCAACCAAAAUAGCACUGGUUGAAGCUUCUGAGGGAGAAAACUCAAGUCCUAGCACAAAGGUCGUUCCCUUGAAGUUCAAAUGUAGCUCAACUGAUAAUGUUCCUGAGAAGUUUACCCUUGGACUGACACAGAUUACCGAUCAACCCAUCACGUCCGAUGCUGAAACUGGGAAGUCCACAGUUAAAGUUAACAAAAUAAUAAUUUCUAAUAAACAAAAAACUGAAGACGUGCAUGUUGGAUCUCAUAAACCCCCUAUUGUGAUUCGGCCCCCAACGGACACAGACAAAGGCCAAGGUGAAUUGCAGAAACCAACUAUUUUUAUAAGACCACCUGCAAAUACAGAGCGGGACCGGGUUGAAUCUCAUAAAAUAUCAAAACGGCCACCAAAAGAACGAGAGAGAGAACAAUCUCAUAAGAAAAUCAUAAUUAAACGGCCAAAAGAAGUUAUUGAUCUAGAUCAGUUCAGUCAGCACGGAGGCACAGGUAUUGAGCAUAGGAAGACUAAGAGAAUUGUAGAAUUGUCGAGUUUUGAAAUGCACAGAAAGCCGGAGAACAUUCAUCCGGCUCAGCUAUUCAAAAAGAAAGCUAAAGACAACAGGAAAUGGUUGGAGGAGCAAGAGAAACGCAGAAAUGAAGAGAGACUGAGAGAAGAGAGAGCAAGACGAUUUCGUGAGGAGGAAAUGAGGAUGCUAGAGGAACAAGAAAGACUAGCGGAGAUCAGAAGAUUUGAAGCAGCCAUGAGAAGAGAGAGGGAAGAAGAAGAGCGCCAAAAAGCGAAGAAGAAGAAAAAUAAGAAAAGGCCCGAGAUAAGUGAUGAAUAUAUGGAAGACUCAAGAUCAAGCAGAUUUGAGAAGAGAAUGCCAGAAAGGGAGCGUAGUGCAAAACGAAGGCCCAUUGUUGAGCUGGCAAGAUACGGAACUGACAAUGCUGCAACAACAAAACGAAGGAGAGGAGGAGAGGUUGGUUUGGCAAACAUCUUGGAGCACAUUGUGGAGACCCUAAAAGAUCGAUAUGAAGUGUCGUACCUAUUCUUGAAACCAGUGUCCAAAAAGGAAGCCCCUGAUUACGUGGACAUCAUAGACCGCCCCAUGGAUUUGUCAACCAUCAAGGAGAAGGUUAGGAAAAUGGAGUACAGAAGCAGAGAACAAUUCAGGCAUGAUGUGUGGCAGAUCGCGUUUAAUGCUCACAAAUAUAACGACGGACGGAACCCAGGUAUACCUCCUCUGGCAGAUCAGCUUUUGGAGCUUUGUGACUAUAUCUUGAAUGAGAAUGAUGAAAGCUUAACCGCGGCUGAAUCAGGCAUUGAAUCUAGGGAUAUUUAAAAAAGUAUAUUAUUAAUCAUAUGAAUUAGAUUCAUUUUUUUCCCCGAGUGCCUCAGUUAGCUGGUGCCUCUUUUCUGUUUCUCUUACCUUUUUUUGACCUUAGCAAAUGUUGAGGUUUAAGUAGAGUAGUUUGUUCUUCGCGUCUUGGCAGCUGGGAAUUAAACUCAGUCUGUCAUGUAAAUUGCUGUAUUCCUUCUGUAUAUUUGUUAAUGUAAGUCUAAAGUUGUAUUAAAAGGUCUAAAUUGAUUCAAAACGGGUGCUGUUGACCUUUCCCUUCUACCAAACCCAAGAUUGGUCUUUUCAACAAGAGCAGCAAAAUAUCCCAAGUAUAAGAAAAGUAAUUAGGCUAAAGAGCAAAAACUCGUGAUCUAUUGUUUUCCGCUUAAAACGGUGUCAUAACGAUCUUUCUUCUUGAAAGCAAAUCGGUAGUUGGUGCUUGAAUUUAGACGUCGGCAUUGACUAGGUUUGAAUAAGCAAAGCUCUUUCUCCUUUCCCUUAUGGUUGGGACAUUUUUCAUGUUAUCGCCA